AUCACGGUAUCCAGUGUCCACUGGCCACCGUUUAUUUUUGCAACAGUAUUAUUUUUUUGCCUGGAUCCUUUGUUGCAUCUUUUGUUCGGAUACUUUUUUGUCGCAAUGCGUAUAUUCAUACAGACCAUAGUUGGGACGACGUUUGAAAUGGACGUUGAGCCCACAGACACAGUUGAAAAGAUCAUGGAAAAUAUUGAAGAGGAAGAAGGUAUUCGAGGUGAUAAGCAAAGAAUUCUAUUUGAUGGAAGACUACUAACGGAAGGGCUGACAUUACAAGAUGAAGAUAUUGAGGAAGGAUCUAUAUUGGAGCUUCGUAUUCGCCAAGGAGGUGGUCCUUGUAAGGUAUGCAUUCUAAGCGGAGCAAAAAAUUUUGCAAAAGAUCUUGCAAAAGAUCUUGCAAAAGUUGACGCAUACAAUUGUGAAACAAGUCAAAUAAAAUAUAUGGCAGAUAGGGCCCUUAAACUUGCAAAAGAUCUGCAAUUAAUAUAUCAGGAUCAAGAAAAGGAGGACAGAGUGAGAAUCAAGCAUCAAAGGAAGCAACAAUUAAAGCAUCAAUCAAAAUGA